ACCGACGAACUGAAAUAAUGUCGACAAGAUAGGAACGAGGUGGCGGCGGCGGCGGUAGCGUCUGGACACACGUGCUUACAACCAACAUGGCUGAGAACGGAGUAGAAGUCGCCAAAGAGCACAAGAAGAAGAAGAAGCAAAAGAAAUCUAUUGGGGAGGUGCAUCAGGAGGUAACCUUCAAGAUAGAGCCAAGUGAGGUCAAGAUAGAAGCAAUCGACACUUCCCAAUGGCCUCUGCUACUCAAGAACUUCGACAAACUCAAUGUGCGGACGAGUCACUACACCCCGCUGGCCUUUGGGUGCUCACCACUCAAGCGGGAAAUAGAUCAAUACAUCAAGUCAGGCUUCAUCAACAUGGACAAGCCUGCCAGCCCGUCAUCCCAUGAGGUGGUGUCCUGGAUCAAGCGCAUCCUUGGCCUUCAGAAGACAGGACACUCAGGAACCCUUGACCCAAAAGUGACAGGCUGCCUCAUUGUCUGUCUUGAGAGAGCAACUCGACUCGUGAAGUCCCAGCAGGGUGCUGGGAAAGAGUACGUGUGUGUCUUCCGCCUUCAUGAGAAUAUGGAUGAUAUAAAGAAAGUGAAACAGGCAUUGAACAAACUCAGGGGGGCACAGUUCCAGAGACCACCACUAAUAUCUGCCGUCAAGAGGCAGCUACGAGUCAGAACCGUGUAUGAUAACGAACUUCUCGAGUAUGACUCAGAGAAAAAUAUGGGUGUGUUCUGGGUGAGCUGUGAGGCGGGCACAUACAUCCGUACCAUGUGUGUUCACAUGGGGCUGCAUCUCGCCACAGGUGGUCAGAUGCAUGAACUGAGGAGGGUGCGCUCAGGUAUUCAAGGGGAGCAGGAUAACAUGGUGACCAUGCAUGAUGUUCUGGAUGCCAAGUGGCUCCUUGACCAUCACAAGGAUGAGACCUACAUGAGGCGGGUCAUCAAGCCCCUGGAGGCCAUACUUGUUUCCCACAAAAGGAUCAUAAUGAAGGACUCUGCUGUUAAUGCUGUGUGUUAUGGUGCCAAAAUCAUGUUACCUGGUGUCCUGCGUUAUGAGAAUGGCAUUGAGAUGAAUGAUGAAAUUGUCAUUUGUACCACAAAGGGAGAGGCAAUCUGUUUGGCAAUUGCCCUCAUGACCACAUCAACCAUCUCAUCAUGUGAUCAUGGUGUGGUGGCCAAGAUCAAGCGAGUCAUCAUGGAGAGAGAUACUUACCCUCGCAAGUGGGGUCUAGGCCCAAAGGCCUCUGAGAAAAAGGCAAUGAUCAAGGAUGGAGCAUUGGACAAAUAUGGCAAGCCCAAUGAAAACACACCAGCCAAGUGGUUGCAAAGUUAUACUGAUUACAAUGCUCCUGCUAACUCUGAUUCCACAACUCCCUUUGGUGUAAAGCAGGAGCCCACGUUCCUUGGAGGUGCUGCUGCUGUGAAGCAGGAGCCUGACACUGACCCUGCCCAGAGGAAGAGGAAGCUUAGUGGUGGUGAACUAGACAGAACUGCAGAGGAGGCAGCAUCAUUUGUCUCUCCUGACUCCAAAAAAAAGAAAAAGAAGAAGAAAAGGGAGGAAGCAGCAGAUGGCCAAUCUGAACAGGAGAGUGGAGGGAAGAAGAAAAAGAAGAGCAAAGAUGCUGAAGCUGAGGCAGAGAAGGAAGAAGCUGCCGAAGUGAGUGGAGAAAAGAAGAAAAAGAAAAAGAAGAAGAAGGAAGAGGCAGCUGAGGGAUCAGAUUAAGGGUAAAUGUGUGACUAGUGAAGUCAAUGGAAUAAACCCUCAUAAUUUAUCCAGACUAUUUCUUGUGCUUUCACAUGGCUGUGGGAAGGACAAGCAGAAGGUGCAUGAGCUGUCAAGCUGCUGAUGGUGGUGCCAUUAUCCCCUUGGUGGUUGUUGCUGACUGGAAAAACAUUAAGUUGUAUUGCCAGUUGCACUCUUGCUCAACUUGUGGGCUGCCUUGUGUGGGUAUCAUAUUUUAAAAGGUGUGUGUUGCAGAUGCUAUGCUGGUUAGAGUGAAAUUUCUGGCUAAAAUGCAAAAAGUUCUUUAUACUUAGAGACUGCAUUUAUUGAUGUACAUAGGUUUUUUUCUUUAUCCAUAAUUUGAUUUUCUUGCCUAGUGAAUAAGCAGUUGCUGGCCCUUCUUUUGUGUAAUUAUGACAAUUGUUUAUCUUCCAAUUGCAAAAUUGUUGAUAGCAUUCAAUCCUUGUAUAAUAAUUCAUCUAGAAAGAAUUCCUGUUUUCAUUCAAACAUUUUGAUCCCUCCUGUGUAAGUAACUACUACAGAAAUACAACUUUUAAAAGCCUUUUUACAUGGCAACUUUUAAUGCAUUUGUUGAUGUACAUAGUUCUUCCUUUUAUUUUUUUAAAUCUUCUUUUCUACAUGAUGUUUUUGUUCUGCCUAACAACUAGGCAUUCCAUGGCUGUGUGUUUACUGAGGCUCGCUUCUGUUUGUAUAAUACUUCAAGUCAUUUUGUUCCUGUAGUGAAAGUGUCAACAUGGCUGUGGCUCUACCAGCAAGGAGCCAGAAGUCAUCAUUUAGAACAUAGUCAAUUCAUGUCCUGCAGUGUUCAGACAAAACCUCUGGGUUCUGUCCAACUUAUUCCAAGUGUCAGAUCACAUGUUCCAUCAUGAAUAAUGUUAUCAGUAUCUAUGUAAUCGAUUCCAGUCAAGAACACUUAGCAAUCAGUCUCUUGCACUUCAUAGAUUGUUAUUGUUGGUAGCAAUGCUUAAAUUGUGGAAUCAGUGCUAAAAUUCUUAUUUAAGUAGAGGAAUUGUUGUAUUGGUGCCAAAACUGCACCAGUGUAUAUAAUUAGGCGAGAGGUGUUCUGCUAGCUGUAUUACAGUAACAUUGGACUAUCACUAAUAGACCAUUCCAACAUAAUGCAAUUGGAGCCAUUGCAUACUGUGUUUUAAAUGAUUUCCUGGGAUUACUUGAGUGUGCAAUGUGAAGUGUAGCCAAAACGGUGAUGCUGCCACUUAGGUCCUUUCCCCUCCCCCCCUUCUUCCACUGCCUCCUUCCUAUGGUGCAGCUAUGUUCUGCCAGCGCCACGCCAGCCUACCUAGUACCACUUCAGGCUCGUCUCAGCUGUGUUCACAAGUGGCCUCAAGUGAUAGUGUCAUGGACCACUUCACUAAGUUUAAAAUGUUUAUAAUAAAGCCCAAAAAUUUUA